AUGGGUCUCUUUGGAAAUAAACGUGAAAAAGGUGAUAAAAUUGAUAAGUAUGAAUAUCAUUCAACAACAAAAGGUGGAAGAUCUGGUGGAUAUGGUCCACCAGCAUUAUCAGGUACACCACCAUCUCCAUAUUAUCCAACUGGUGCUGCUGCUUAUUUUGAUGGUUAUGGACAAGUUGCACCACAAGGUAAACCAAGUAAAUAUGGAAAAUAUAAUGGUGCUGUAAGUAAAAGUCUUUAUGGUGGUGAUCCAAUGCAACAAGCUAUGCUAUUACCACCUCAAUCUCCUGCUGCUGUACAAGCACAAGCAGCAGCUAUGAUGCAAAUGCAACAAUAUAUGCAAGGACAAGGUGGUGCACAAUUUGGUGGUAUUCUUCCUCCAAUUCAAAUGCCCUUAAGUGCUGCUCAACAAGCUGGAUUAUUGCCAGCUCAAGCUCAACAAUUUUAUGGUUAUAGUGGACAACCAACAGCAACGCCGUAUUAUGAUCCAAGUAAUCCUGCUUUUCAACAACAAGGUGCAUUUGCUCCUUAUCAACAACCGAAUUUUUAUGAUCCAAAUGCAGGCACUGGAUUUACUGGUCCUUAUGGUUAUAUGCCAGCUGCUUAUUAG